AUGACGUCAGUGGAGAUUUCAGGACGUGAGGACAGUGAGAUGAUGCUCAGUCCUCAGCAGACGGAGACAGAGCGCCCCCUGGAGCUGGAUGUUCACUGUGGCUCUGCCGAGCGCGCGGAUGGAGAGGCCAAUGCGUGUUCCGUGCGCGCGACCGCCCUCAGCAUAGAGGAGAAGAGGCGGAGGAGGCGCGCGACAGCUAAGUAUCGGUGCGCGCACGCCACCAGGGAGCGCGUCCGUGUCGUGGCCUUCAACGUGGCCUUUGCAGAGCUGAGGAAAAUCCUGCCCACGAGCCCACCAGACAGGAAGUUGUCCAAGAUUGAGAUCCUACAACUCGCCGUUUGUUACAUCUCUUACCUGAGUCACGUGCUGGAUGUUCAGGUUGUAACACGAUGA